CUUCCAUCCUUUUUACUUGCAGACUAUCUCUUCUCAUCCAUCCAAUUUAUCUGAUACACUUUGUACACAAUUUUUCUUCUCACCUUCAAUCCUCAAACAUUAGAUCUAGAUCGACUAUGCAUUGAGAUCUAACACCACUUUAAUCAAGUUCUUCCCCACUACACAGCAUCAUCUACAACAUCUACAACCACCCAAAAACACAAUGCAACCCCCCAACAGCAACCUCCGCGCCUUCAACCUGGCCGUAACCACUCUCCUCAAAACCCCCUCCCAAUUCCUCCCCCACCUAACCAUCCCAACAAUCACCCACCUACCCGAAAAUCUCGGCCCAGCAAUCCUCCCCAGCGCCUCAAAGCCCCCGACCAUCCGCGCCCUCGUCCUCGACAAAGACAACACGCUCUGCCACCCAAAAACGACCUCCUUCCCAUCCGAGAUCCUAUCGAAGCUGCAUGCAUUGCGCACAUCCCCAACGUCACCCUUCACGAAAGAUAACUCGAUCCUGAUCGUCUCGAACCGCGCGGGGAGUCACCCGCGGUAUGACGCGGAGGUGCGCGAGCUGGAAAAGGAGCUCGGCGAGUUGCAAAUCCCAGUGUUUCGGCUGCCAGAGGGGAGUGAGAAGAAGCCGUUCUGUGGGAAGGAGGUGCUGGAGUGGUUCCGCGAGAGGGGGGUGGUGAGUCGUGCAGAUGAGAUUGCGGUGGUGGGGGAUCGGUUGGGGACGGAUGUGUUGAUGGCGGUGCAGAUGGGGUCGUGGAGUGUUUGGUGUCGGGAUGGUGUGACUGAGGGGGGCAGGGAGAUGAAUUUGUUGGAGAAGAUGGAGGUUUGGGUUGAGAAGUAUUUGAGGGAGUCGAGGGGGUUGAAGGCGCCGGUGCCGAAGGAGUGGGAGGGUCGGUAGUUUUUAGUUGGAUUUUGAUAUUUAUUUAGAUACGAUACCCCUGUAUACUACUGUUAUGUGUUGCGAGUCGCGAUAGAUCUGAUACUCGACUGGUUCCAUAAUAUUAUCGCUACGAGCAGCGCGUGGGGCAGAUCCGUAGUGUUUCAUGGUUCAGGUUGGACCUGAGAAAUGUCUCCAUAUCAGCCGUGCGCACAAUCUGGACGGAGAUUGUCUCAGCUCCGCCUCGAUAGUGGCACCAUUAUCAAUGUGCUACAUGACAGGAUUGCCAGAUCUGGCAGAAUAUGCAGACGCCGAUCUCAGGACGAUAAAUAACCAUCACAAAGGGAAAUGAGCAAACAAUUCCUAACCCGCCAACCCAGAAGAAUCCAAGAAAAUAACCGAAUGUCGCCAUCUGUCUGACUUUCUGGCAUAAC